AUGGCAUACGAUCUCGAGGUGGAAGCUCAGCGUGUCAUCGCGUCGUUUGAGCGUUUGCAUCCCACGGAAGAUCUUCCCAGGACCCAGCUGAACCCGAACAUUAACGCAUCCGUUAAUCCUCGGGCCUUCAUCUUGGCUCUCCUGAAGCGGGCCCUAUGUCCUGAAGCCGUUACCAGCGAGUUUCUGACCAAGUUGCAGAGUGUUCGCUUCGUUAGGGAGGCGUGGACAGAGGAUUAUUUGGUCGGCAAGCUCCAGAAAGACAAGUUUGUUCGCCGUGCCAUAAAUGAAUUCGUCCAUCUUUGGGUUAUGAAAUUCAUUUUGCCUUGUAUGUCCUCUUCCCAGACCAUGCAGUAUCGCCGACUAAAGCUAUGGGUAGUGAUGGAUAGAGGUUCUGCCAGAUCAUUUGCAAUCUCUGAAUCUGAGGCUGACCGUUUGCUAACCCUGAAUGUAUCUACCCGUGAGAGCGACCGCUGCUGCAUUACCGGAGUAUACGAUGUCAGCGCGUCUAAAUGCUUCCGUGGACCCUUUGGCUUGGUUUCCUGCGUUCGUAUUCUCCCCGAAACCCUGCGUAAUGAUGAUCAAGCGCAUCAUCUUAUUCGUGUGUUCACCGGUGGUCAAAUCAACUCUAUUCGUGACCUGAUCGACCGUCCUGUGAAUGCAUUCUUCAUGUCUGACAUUCUCGCUCCGAGCUUUCGCGAAUUCUACUGGUCCGUCAAGGCCCCAGCCGGUCUAGUGACGGAUGUUAGAUCAGACCUCGUCGUUGAACGCGUUGCAUCUCGCCAGCAUUAUGACAUCGACGGACUUCCGGCAAACUCUCGCGUGCUUUUUGGUACUUCACCAGCAGCAAUAAGCAUCCCUCCGCCCAAAGUGGAGCUGUGCCGUUUGCAUUUGGCUGUUGCGAUGUUUCUCGAUGACAGUGGUGCCCGUGACAAGAUUGUUAGCUUGUUUAGAUCUCUCGAUGAGCCCCAGCAUCUUGCUCGAUGGAAGGACGACUGGGAUUACAGUUGGUAA